CGGCGGGGCCGCGCCGAGGAGCCCGACUGAGAGUCCCAUGGCAGUGGCAGAAAUGCUUAUGGACCCUGCACAGGGCCGUGUGGUCUUUGAGGAUGUGGCCAUAUAUUUCUCCCAGGAGGAGUGGGGGCUCCUUGAUGAGGCUCAGAGACGCCUGUACCACAGUGUGAUGCUGGAGAACUUUGCACUUUUGUCCUCCAUAGGUAGCUGGCAUGGAACCCAGGGCGAGGAGGCAUCUUUGGACCAAGGAGAUUGUGUUGGAGAUUCACAGGUCAGGACUCCAGAGCCAGAUCUGUCCACCCAGAAGGCCCAACCCUGUGAGAUGAAACACAUUUUGCAACUGGCUGAGCACAAUGGAUUGUACCCUGAUCAAGGCCCGCACAUUUGUGGGACAAAUCUUUCCCAGCAGCAAAUGGAGCAGAUGGGAGACAAAGUCUCCAGAAGGGAUGAGGGGAGACCUUCAUUUGUGAUAAAUGGCAGGAUCCACAUGGCAGAGAGGACCUUCACAUGCGGCAAAGGUGGGAAGGACUUCCCAGCUGGCACAGGACUCCUCCAGAACCUGGCUCCUCACAGUGGGUGGAAGCCACAUGGGGACACCGAGUGCAAAGAGGCCUUUGAAAAUGGACAGAAUGAUUACAGGUGCACUCAGUGUGGGAAAGGCUUCAGCCGAAAACAGAUACUUGUGCAGCACCAGAAAAUCCACACUGGGGUAAGGCCUCAUGAAUGCAGCAAAUGUGGUAUGGCCUUCAUUAGGAAGUUCCACCUUGUUCAGCACCAGAGAGUCCACACUGGAGAAAAGCCUUUUAAGUGCAGUGAAUGUGGCAAAUUCUUUAGGUACAAGUCCACACUCAUUGGUCACCAGAGAGUCCACACUGGAUCAAGCCCUUACAAAUGUAGCAAAUGUGGGGAAUUCUUUAAGUACAAAGCCAACUUCAUGAAACAUCAGAGAAUUCACGAUGGAGAAUGGCCUUAUGAGUGUCGAGAAUGUGGAAAAUUUUUUAGGUACAACUACAGACUGAUCAGACAUGAGAGAGUUCACACUGGAGAAAGGCCUUAUGAGUGCAGUGAAUGCGGGAAAUUUUUCAAGUACAGCUCCACAUUCAUUAGACACCAGAGAGUUCACACUGCAGAAAGGCCUUAUGGUUGCAGCGAAUGUGGCAAGUUCUUUCGGUACAACUCCACACUCAUCAAACAUCAGAGAGUCCACACUGGAGAAAGGCCUUAUGAGUGCAGUGAGUGUGGGAAGUUCUUUAGGUAUACUUCCACACUCAUUAGACAUCAAAGAGUUCACACUGUUGAAAGGCCUUAUGAAUGCAGCUUAUGUGGGGAAUUCUUUAGGUACAAGUCUAAACUCAUUAAACAUUGGCAAAAUCACACUGGUGCAAGGCCUUACGAGUGCAGUGAAUGUGGGAAAGCUUUUAGAUACCACUGCAGACUCAUUAGACAUAAGAGAGUUCACACUGGAGAAAGGCCGUAUGAGUGCAGUGAGUGUGGGAAAUUCUUUCGGUACAACUCCAAUCUCAUUAAACAUUGGAGAAAUCACACUGGAGAGAGGCCUUAUGAGUGCAGUGAAUGUGGGAAAGCCUUUAGCCACAAACAUAUACUUGUUGAGCAUCAAAAAAUUCACACUGGAGAAAGGCCUUAUGAGUGCAGCAAAUGUCAGAAGGCCUUCAUUAGAAAGUCCCACCUCGUUCAUCACCAGAAAAUCCACAAUCAAGAUAGGCGUGAGUGCCGUGAAUGUGGGGAAUUCUUCAGCUACAACUCCAACCUCAUUAAACAGAAUUCACACUGGCAAAGACCUUAUGAGUUCAGAGAAUAUGGUAAAUUUAGGCCCCACUAUAAACUCAUUACACUGGAGAAAAGCCUUGUGAGUUCACAUCGGAUUAGGGCCUUCUGAAUGCAGUGAAUGUGAGGACGUCUGUAGGUGCAACUCAAGCCCCAUCAUACAUCAGACAUUUCAAAGAGGAGAAAGACUAUGAGUGCAUUGAAUAUGGGCAUGUGUUCAGCCAAAACUCCAACCACAUCUGGCAUCAGAAGUUCAUGCCAGAGAGGCUAUUGCAAAUGGUGAAAGACUUCAGCCAAAUGUCUACUCUAGUUUAUCCCUGGGAACUACUAUAAUAUAGUUGUUGGGGUUUUUUUACUUUUUUUUUGUUAAUCCUCACCUGAGGAUAUUUUUCCAUUGAUU